AUGGACUCCGCAGGAAGAAGGCGUAGCCCCGACACAGUCCAGCGCCUCCUCCGAAUAUGGCUUUGGAUCAAUGAUGCCCUGAUUUUGGCCUCCUCGGCCAUUGUUACGGGCAUCUUGGCUCACUUCAUCCGCAAAUACCAUGAGCGCGGCACGCACGUCAUCUUUGAGGAGGUUAUCGCCGUGGUAACCCUCUUUCUCUACCUCUUCGCCAUUUUCGCUCCAGCUCUCAAGGGCUAUCGCGGUUACCUGCUGCCGCUCAACCUCGCCCUCUCCUAUCUAUGGCUGACCAACCUCAUCUUUUCUUCCCAAGACUAUAGCGGCCACAGGUGCCACUACUACAGCCCUGCCAUUUCCCUCCUCUCAAACGUCGUGGCCGACAGUCUGAUGUGGUAUCGCUGCUGCGGUUCUUCUCCCGGUACUGCCGGUGGCCGUGUUGGCAAUGGAGAGAAGGGUUCAGCGCCGUUGACAUCUACUCCUGGGGCUACAACAGGUGCUCCCACUGCGUCCGAUGCGGCGAACGGGACUCGUGUCUAG